UGAUGAAAGAACAGCAUGAGAAGUCAGAACUAUGACAAGUUUAACUAAAGAUCUUGACCGACAUAUCAACCAGAGCAGGCCCCUGAUCAGUGAUCGUGUAACACACAAUCUUCCACAUCUCUCUCUCUCUCUCGACAAACAGCCUGUUUCUCAAGCCACUCAAUCAACCAAGAAAGCAAGAAACAAAGAAACUUUAUAUAAACACACACACACACACAGCAAAUGCAGCAAAUUUCAAUGGCUGCUGCAUCAUUAUCUCUGCCAAAACACCCUCUUCUUUCUUCUUUACUUCCUUUUCAAUCCUCCACCAAACCCUCUUCUUCAUUCUCUCAAACAUUCUCGAAAUCAUCACAAUUUCAUGGCCUCAAGCUCUCUCACUCCUCUUCUCUCUCCUCCCCAUCCACUUCAUUCUCUACCAAGACUUCCAUUUUUGCCAAGGUGGAGAAAGGUACAGCGCCCCCACCAUUUCAAUUGAAAGAUCAAAAUGGGAGACUAGUUAGUCUAUCCAAGUACAGAAACAAGCCUGUGGUUGUCUAUUUUUAUCCUGCUGAUGAAUCCCCUGGCUGCACCAAACAGGCCUGUUCUUUCAGAGACUCGUAUGAAAAUUUUAAGAAAGCAGGAGCUGAAGUAAUUGGGAUAAGUGGUGAUGAUCCAGAAUCACACAAGGAGUUUGCAAAGAAAUACAGACUUCCGUAUGUGUUGCUGAGUGAUGAAGGGGACGAAGUUAGAAAAGAAUGGGGCGUGCCAUCUGAUCUUUUUGGUGCAUUGCCCGGAAGGCAAACCUAUGUCCUAGACAAAAUUGGAAAGGUUCAGCUCAUCUACAAUAAUCAGUUUCAACCAGAAAAACAUAUCGAUGAGACCUUGAAGCUGCUUGAAAGUCUUUGAACCUCUUUUAUCAUUAACUCUUCUGGUGGUAGGUAAUUGUUUUGUAAUGUACAAGAUUUGUGAUAUGGAGCUUCUAUAUAGUUACAAUCAGUAACAUGGAUUGAUAUGCAGAGUACAAAUACAGAGUACAAAUACCGCAUGGUAUAUUUUUAUUUGUGUUCAAAAGUAGGAGAAACAUUAUCCUCAACUUC